UUGCUUGACAAAUUGGAGCAUCGUAGUCAAAUUUCAAUUGAGCAGGGGUAACAUUUGCGAAUAUAAAUAGUCCCAAGCAAUUGUAGAAGUCAUUAAGUGCAAUCCUUCAAUUGUAAACACUCAGUUCGUUUAAAAAAACUCGAAAAAUGAAUGCAAUGAUUCUUGUAGGACUUCUUGCAGCCUUGACUACCUCCGCAAGUGCUGGUAUACUUUCUGGUGGGUACUCUGGGUCCGGCAUAGGUGGAGUAUACAGCACAGGUGUCAUUUCCAGCGGACCUGUCAUUUCCUCAGCACCUGUAGCUACCAGCAGCAUUACACAACAAAGAAUAGUCAACAGCGUGCCAAUUGCCACAAGAAUCAUUGCUUCUCCAGGUCUGCAAUCUUCAUCCUCAUACAUCAGUAGUGGUCAAGGCGGCUAUGGAAACAUCGGUUACAGUUCUUCUAACGUUGGUUCUCUCAACGGUUAUGGAGGAUAUGGCAGAAAUGGAUAUUGAAGCCUUUUAAAUAUUUAGGGAUUAAUCGAAGCGCACCCAAACUUAUAUUCACACUUUUCUCCAAAAAUUGUAUAUACAGGUGGAAAAAUAAAUGUAGAUAAUUUCUUGUUCAA